CGCCGACCAGCGAACGGCUCGCAUUCACGUCUUGCUAACAGUAGCUCAAAGCGGUUCGGUUUAACAUGCGGCUGCUUCUACUGCUCGUGUCCAGUUGGGCGGUGCUGGGUUUGGCCCUGGCCGACUCGAGCUACAACUAUUUUCGGCUACCCACGGCGCUGCGGCCACUGAAAUAUAAUUUGCGUGUCCUGACGCACUUGGAAGAUCCGGAAAAUCUCCGCUUCGAGGGCAAUGUGAAAAUCCUGUUCAAAGUGUUGGAAAACACAAAGAACAUUACGUUGCACUCGAAAAACCUAACCAUAGACAAUUCGCUAAUUACACUGCGCGAUACCUCGAGUGCCAACAAAAAGUAUUGCUUCUCCGGCACGGAAGUGAUUCCUGCUCAUGAUUUCUUCGUGAUGCGCAUCUGCGAAGAGCUCGUGGCCGGACAGGUCUACGAGCUGACUAUGCCAUUUGCCGCCGAUCUCAAUCGCCAGCUGGAGGGCUACUACAGAAGCUCCUACAACGAUCCCGAGACCAACAAGACCCGCUGGCUGUCCAUAACACAAUUUGAGCCUGCGUCUGCGCGCUUGGCCUUCCCCUGCUUCGAUGAGCCCAAUUACAAGGCGCCUUUUGUGGUAACACUGGGCUACCACAAGCGCUUCAAUGGACUGAGCAACAUGCCCGUCAAGGAGAUAAAGCCCAACGAACAAAUUGCAGACUAUAUUUGGUGCGAGUUCGAGGAGUCGGUGCCCAUGUCCACCUACUUGAUAGCCUAUUCGGUCAAUGACUUUACGCACAAGCCCUCCACGCUGCCGAACAGCACGCUGUUCCGCACCUGGGCACGCCCGAACGCCAUCGAGCAGUGCGACUAUGCGGCCGAGGUUGGACCCAAGGUGCUGCAGUACUACGAGGAGCUCUUUGGCAUUAAGUUUCCGCUGCCAAAGAUCGAUCAGAUAGCCAUACCCGAUUUCAGUGCUGGGGCUAUGGAGAACUGGGGUCUGGUCACGUACAGGGAGAUCGCUCUGCUCUAUUCGGCGAAGCACUCCUCGCUGGCGGACAAGCAGCGAGUCGCCUCGGUCAUUGCCCAUGAGCUGGCCCAUCAAUGGUUUGGCAAUCUGGUCACAAUGAAGUGGUGGACGGAUCUGUGGCUAAACGAGGGAUUCGCCACAUAUGUAGCCAGCUUGGGUGUGGACAAAAUCAAUCCCGAGUGGCGUUCCAUGGCCCAGGAGUCGCUCAGCAAUCUGCUGGUGAUCUUCAGGAAGGACGCACUGGAGAGUAGUCAUCCCAUAUCGCGGCCCAUCGAGCUGGUUAACGAGAUCUCAGAGAGCUUCGACCAGAUCUCAUAUCAGAAGGGCUCCACAGUGUUGCGCAUGAUGCACAUGUUCAUGGGCGACGAUUCCUUCCGUUCGGGCAUACAAAACUAUUUGCAAAAGUUCUCCUAUGGCAAUGCCGAGCAGGAUAAUCUCUGGGAAUCGCUCACAGAGGCGGCACACAAAUUCAAGGCGCUGCCCAAGAGCUUUGACAUCAAGCGCAUUAUGGACUCAUGGACACUGCAAACGGGCUAUCCUAUUAUCAACAUAACCCGCGACUAUUCAGCUGGCAGUGCCAAGCUCAGCCAGGAGCGUUAUCUGCUCAACACUCAGAUCUUACGGGCACAGCGAGGCGGUUGCUGGUGGGUGCCGCUCAGCUAUACGACUCAGGCGGAGCAGGACUUUGCGAACACCGGUCCCAAGGCAUGGAUGGAGUGCAGCAGCUCCGGUGAAGCGCUGCCCAAGACCAUUAGUGGGCUGCCCGGCAAGGACCAGUGGAUCCUAUUCAAUACCCAAAUGUCGACGCUGUACAAGGUCAACUACGAUGAACGCAACUGGAAGCUGCUGAUCGACACGCUGAUCAACGGCGACUUUGAGCGCAUUCACGUGAUCAAUCGGGCCCAGCUAAUCGACGAUGCCCUCUACCUAGCCUGGACGGGCGAGCAGAACUAUGACAUAGCCAUGCAGCUGCUGGAGUAUUUGAGGCGCGAGCGCGAAUAUCUGCCCUGGAAGUCGGCCUUUGAGAAUCUGAAGCGCAUCAAGAAUAUUAUCGGGCAAACGCCCAACUUUGAGUUCUUCAAGCGUUAUCUGCAAAAACUAAUCGUGCCCAUUUAUGAGCAUCUGAAUGGCUUGAAUGACACCUUCAUCGACAUUGAGCAACAGGACCAGGUGCUGCUCAAGACCAUGGUGGGCAACUGGGCGUGUCAGUAUCAGGUGGCCGACUGUGUGCCCACGGCACAGGCCUACUAUCAGGCGUGGCGCAACGAACCGGAACCGGAUAAGCGGAAUCCGGUGCCAAUCAAUUUGCGGCAAACGGUCUACUGCACCUCCAUACGGCAUGGCAACGAUGUUGAUUGGCAGUUCCUGUGGACGCGCUACAAGAACUCGAACGUGGCCGCCGAGAAGCGUACGAUUCUGUCAUCGUUGGGCUGCACCCGCGAGGUGUGGCUGCUGCAGCAUUACCUGGCCCUGACCUUCGAGCCCAAGCAGGGCAUACGCAAACAGGACUCGAUGUGGGCCUUCCAGGCGGUGGCAUACAAUGAGAUUGGCUUCCAUUUGGCCAGGGACUACUUCAUGACCAACGUGGAUUUCAUCUACAAAUUCUAUAAUCCCAUUACCAAAGACAUGUCGCGCCUGUUGCCGCCUUUCUCGGAGCAGACCUUCCUGCAGAGCGACUUCGAUGAGUUCAGGAAUUUUGUCACCGAACACAGGAGCUCGCUGAAGGGCCUGGAGCAGGCUAUACAGCAAACCCUGGAGACCAUGCUCACCAAUGUCCAGUGGAAGAACCGCAACUACGGACAGGUCUCGGUCUCCAUAAGGAGUCUGAUUGACAAAUAAAAGCACAAUUAAAAUGCAUUACAAAUAGAGGUGUUAUAUCCCACAUGUAUCCUUAAAUAAAUUAUUUCCUAUGCUAGCCCUCAUCAGCUAAUCGAAAACUCUGGCAAUUGAGCAUGGCACAAAUUCAAAUGUUUCAAUAAACCAUAUUUAAAUGAUUAUAAAACA